AUGGAAACAACCCUCCCAUUGCCGUUCCUGGUGAGCGUUGCCAGCCCCAACGACCAAUCCGCCAACGAUGGCCUCAGCCGUCAAGAGAUUGCUCUUCUUGGAGGUGCAUUUUACGAAACAGCCUCCAAGGACUGGGGUCGCCCUAGUGCUGGCUCUAAUGCUCACAUGGACGCUACAAGCUUGAGCAACCCCGACGAUGUGAUUGCAUUGCUUGAUAGCGGGGUACGAACGGUGUUUGUAACUUCAGAAUCUUAUUCAGAGUACGAGCAGUAUGGCGCGAGGGUAAUUCCUGCUGUCUCAUCUCUUAUUCUCUCAGCGGCGACAGAUGACGGUCUAUUGGUCAAGGACUUUGACGUCUCCUCAAAUGACGUCGACAAGUUCAUUGAAGUCGCGCAGUCCAAGCAGAUCAAGAACCUUUACGUCAAGCCCACCCCUGAAACCGAUAUCCAGAAAUUCCUCGAGGUGACCAAGAAGGCCAAUGCGAUCCCAAUCAUUCCUUCCACACGAUUGACAACCGAUAAGAACGACUCGACUCGAUUAUUACUAUCAAAACUUAUCGCCUCAUACUGGAAGUCCGAUCGAACUGAUGGACUGAUCCCCACUGUUGUUACCGAUGACGCAGGAAUCGCUCUGGGUCUCGCUUACACUAGCGAGGAGAGUAUUCUGGAGGCACUUCGAACGCAAAGCGGUGUUUACCAAAGCCGCAAGCGUGGCCUCUGGGUGAAGGGACUCACCUCUGGUGACACCCAAGAGUUGGUGCGAAUUGGUCUCGACUGUGACAACGAUACUCUCAAGUUUGUGGUUAAGCAGAAGGGCCGAUUCUGCCACCUGGAGCAGUUCGGAUGCUUUGGAGAUCUCAGUGGCAUUUCUGCGCUCGAGCAAACACUCAAGUCUCGCAAGGAAUCUGCUCCCGAGGGCUCCUACACUGCUCGCCUGUUUUCAGAUGAGAAGCUCCUCAGGGCAAAGAUUAUGGAAGAGGCGGAGGAGCUCUGCGAUGGUAAGACCAAGGAGAACAUCGCUUUUGAGGCUGCAGACCUGAUCUACUUUGCCCUCACCAAGGCUGUUGGUGCUGGUGUUAGUCUCGCUGACAUUGAGGCUAACCUCGAUGCCAAGAGUCUCAAGGUCAAGCGAAGAACAGGUAAUGCCAAGGGCAAGUGGGCUGAGAAGGAGGGCAUCAAGACUGAGGAGGCCCCAGCGAAGCCAUCGCAGCCUGAAGCUGAGAAGCCCGCUGACGGACGUAUUGCCAUGGAGCGAGUUGACUCUACAAAGAUUUCCCAGACCGACCUCGUGGAGAAGCUCAAGAGACCUUCCCAGAAGUCUCCUGACGCUAUCUUGAAGAUCAUCCAGCCCAUCAUUGAGGAUGUACGAACCGGUGGUGAUAAGGCUGUUCUGUCUUACACCCACAAGUUCGAAAAGGCAACUUCUUUGACGUCUCCUGUUCUCAAGGCUCCCUUCCCUAAGGAGUUGAUGGAUAUUCCUCCGGAGACUAUCGAGGCUAUCGACGUAUCUUUUGAGAACAUCCGAAAAUUCCACUCUGCUCAACAGGAGGAGAAGUCUCUUCAGGUUGAGACCAUGCCCGGCAUUGUCUGUAGCCGCUUCUCACGACCUAUCGAGCGAGUCGGUCUUUACAUCCCUGGAGGAACUGCUGUUCUUCCCAGUACUGCUCUGAUGCUUGGUGUGCCCGCCAUGGUCGCUGGUUGCCAAAAGAUUGUCUUUGCUUCGCCUCCUCGAUCUGACGGCCGCAUUACCCCUGAGAUUGUCUACGUCGCCCACAAGGUUGGUGCCGAGAGUAUUGUUUUGGCCGGCGGUGCUCAAGCCGUCGCUGCUCUUGCCUAUGGUACCGAGAGCGUAACCAAGGUUGACAAGAUUCUUGGACCUGGCAACCAGUUCGUGACUGCUGCCAAAAUGCAUGUUAGCAACGACACAAAUGCUGGUGUUGGCAUUGAUAUGCCUGCUGGACCUUCAGAGGUUCUUGUUGUCGCUGAUAAGGACGCCAACCCUGCAUUUGUUGCCUCUGACUUGCUUUCUCAAGCUGAGCACGGUGUCGACAGUCAGGUCAUAUUGAUUGCUGUCGAUCUUAGCGAGCAAGAGCUCCAGGCUAUUGAGGAUGAGGUUCACCAGCAAGCCAUAGCACUUCCUCGUGUUGACAUUGUUCGAGGCUCUAUUGCCCACUCUGUUACCGUCCAGGUCAAGGACAUCAAGGAGGCUAUGCGUAUCAGCAACGAGUAUGCCCCUGAGCAUCUCAUCCUCCAGAUCAAGGAUGCAGAGAAGGCUGUCGACCAGGUCAUGAACGCUGGCAGCGUCUUCGUUGGCCACUGGACUCCCGAGAGUGUCGGCGACUACUCUGCCGGUGUCAACCACUCUUUGCCCACUUAUGGCUUUGCCAAGCAAUACUCGGGUGUCAACCUGGGCUCGUUCCAGAAGCACAUCACCAGCUCCAACCUCACUGCCGACGGUCUUAAGAACGUCGGUAGUGCCGUCAUGCAACUAGCCAAGGUCGAGGAGCUUGAGGCUCACAGGAGAGCUGUUGAGAUCCGCCUCAACUACCUGAAGCAACAGCAGUAG